AAGUCAAAAUAUAUAUUUUUAUAAUAUUUUUAAAAGAAAAUUAAUAUAAUUAUCCGAAUUGCAAAUUAUGCCAUUGAUUCUUUUCGUCUAGUAAUUCUGCGGCAGGAAUCGAAAUUGAACUGCGACAUAAAGUUUCAUUACUGGGAACUAACCAACAAGUCGAAGCACGAUUCCCAACCCUUUUUUGUUGCUUGAUUGCAUUAAAAGAACAAAAGAUUAAAGAGAAAGAGGAAAGAAAAAGGAAAAAGAAAGGAGUAUGAAACAAGUUAACUUGCAAAUCAUGGGUCUUUCUAAUGAGAAAGGAGCAUCUUGAGAUGUUUUUGUCUCCCAACUCUCUUAUCAAAUAUUCUUUGGCCAAAUUUAAGAGAAAGGAAGGUUCAGGAGGCCAAAGAGUGAGAACUAAGAGAGAAAUAUGGAUGCAAAUGCCAAAGAAUGAGAAUACAAAGAGAUGGAGGUGGACUUGGGGUUGAAGAUCACAAGAGAAAGAGAUGGCAACAGCAGCGACAUUCGAAUUACAAAAGGAAGGGGACCUUCUUUCACUACAAUGGAGACAAAGACUACGAUUAUCCUCCUCGGCAAACUCCGUGGUUUCAGAAAGGAUAAACUAGGCAUAGAGAUCGACAAUAGUGGAAGCCUAAUUACGAUACAUGGGAAGAAAAAUAUUCAAGAGAUGAUUAUGGUGAAGUGGACUAUGUGUAAGACAGAAACUGAGCCUCGAAGCUUCAGAAAGGUUUUCAAGAUACCAGAAAAUGUUGAUCUCAAUGGUAUAAGGGCCACAUUUGAGGAAGAGGAAGGGAUCCUUCAUGUAUACAUGCCUAAGACCAGGCCUGGGGAGAUAACAGGCCUCGAAAUAGAGGAAUUAAAAGCUGAAGAAGAAGAAGAAGAAGAAAAAGAAGAAGAAGAAGAAGAAGAAGAGGAAGAAGAAAAAAUGGAAGAAUCCGAAUCAGUAGUUGAAGAGAAUGGGGUUCCAAUAAAAUUAGAGGACGUACCAGCGAAAGGAGCUAUAGAGGAACCAGGAGAAGCUCAAGGGCCUGAAGUAGUGAGCACGAAGGAGCAUGAAGUACCUGUAAAAGAAUUGGAGAAAGAACAAGGAGACAGUCAAGAAGCUCCUGCCAAUGAAAUCACUGAUCUCAAGGUAUCUCAGGUAAUAAUACCAGGCCCAAAGGAAUCAGUUCCAAUUGGAUUUGCAAGAGAAAAAGAAGAUGAAGAGCCUGAAAAUGCAAAUUUAGAAGGCUUACCUGAAAAGGAGGAAGAAGACGUUAAUGAAACCACUGAUAUCAAAGUAUCUAUGGAGAAAGUGCCAGAUGAAAAGAAACCAGAUCAGAUUAAACAUGUGAUUGAACCCAAACAAGAGGAGAUUCCGGUUCCUGAAAUGAGUCCUUUUGAAGAAAAGAGAGAGAAAGAGCCUCAUGUUGUGGAAAAGGAGCCGUAUCAGGAAGUUCCUAAGCCAAAACCGGACAAGAUUGAACCUGAUAAGAAAAUAGAGGAUGAGCAUGAGAUUAAACCCUGGCAAGAACCAGAGACUCUGGUUAUUGAAAAGACUCCUUUUGAAGAGAAGAGAGAUGAAGAGACUCGUGUAAUCGAAAAGGAACCGGAUCAAGAACUUCCUGAAUCGACAGCAGUUCACAAAGAACCACUAACUGAACCGAGGCAAGAGUCAAGCAUUCUUGUUACUGUGAAGAGACCUAUUGAAGAGAAGAUAGAGGAAGUGUCUCUUCCAGUGGAAAAGAAACCACAUCAGGAAGAACCUCUGCUUAAAACAAAAGAACUGGAGAUUCUGGUUAGUCCUAUUAAAGAGAAGAAAGAGGAGUUCGUUGUAGUAGAAAAGGAAGCAGAUAAAGAACUUCCUGAAUUAAAAACAGAACAUGAAGAUCCUUUGCUCAAACCAAAACCAGAACUGGAGAUACCAGUUUCUGAAUCAAGGGCUUUUGAAGAGGAGAGAGAAAAAGAGUUUCCUGUAGUAAAAGUGGAACCCGAAACUCAAUAUUUUGAGGUAAAAGCUUUGGCUGAAGAGAAAUGUGAUCAGAAGGUUACUGAGCCAAAAGAGCCCUUUGUCGAUAAAGAUAUUUCUGGAGAGGGAACAAAAGAGUUGCCUCCAAGUGAAGAGGCAAGGGAGCAAGUGAGCCCUGAAUUGGAAUUGCAGGAAGCACAUAUUAUUGAAGAGAGGAGAGAGGAAAAGCUUCCAAAAGUUGAAACACCUCAAUCUUCUCAAGAAAAAGAGCAUCUAGAGAAAGAAGCUCUUGAACCUUGUCAAGAAGUUCCAGAAAUGAAAACACAGGAAGCAGGUUCAAUUGAAUUGCAACCUGAAGAGCAACUUCCUGAAAUGGAAACACCAGAGGCUUCUAAAGAUGAGCAUGUUUCUGAUGUGGAGAUCCCAGAGAAAGCUUCUAUUGAAGAGAAACCAGGCGUUGAACUUCCUGAAAUAGAAAGUGAAGAGGAGCUUUUAACUGAACAGAAACAAGAAGAGAUACUUCCCAAACUAGAAACACCUGAAGCUUCCAAGGAAGUUGAAGAAAUUGCAGUAGCAGAAAAACCAGAGGUACCUUCAAUUAUUGAGAGAGAGCAUAAAGAACUUCCAAAAAUAGAAACCCCCGCUAUUGUAACUGAACCAUCUUUAACUGAAACAAAAGAACCAGAUCAAAUAUUUCCUAAAACAGAAACACCUGAAGAGGAUCAGAUCAUAAUACGUAGUGAAGAAGAAGAGUCCAAAAAGGUUGAGGAUGAAGGACUUGUAAAAACGGAUACAUUAAGUGAGGAGAAGGAUCAAGAGCUUAGUGAUUCAGAAUCAUCAGAGAGCGAAAAAGGUGAAAUGGAAACACAGGAGUCGAGAGAUGAGAGCGAGGUGAGAUGCAGAGAUAGGUCUAGGGUUCCACCACUGCUAGGAGGUCGAACAUGUUGCGGCACUUGCUUUUUUGCUAGCUCGGCCUUCUUUUUGUCCCUCGUUGUGCUCGUCGUUCACCUGUUAAAAAAUCGGAAAAAAACCUCUUGAUCCAGAGCUGCAACAACAUCCUUCUUGCAAUAGUUUAACAACCUCUUGAUCCACAGCUGCAACUACAUCCUUCCCUCAAUGGUUUAUGAGGGAGGGAGGGGGCAAUUAAAGCUGAAACAACAUCCUUCCUGCACGAUUCAAAUGAUAUGAGAGAGGUUUAAAACCGCAACAAAUCCUUCAAAUGCGAGAGAGAGAGAGAGAGAUGCUCUGGUUCAUGUAGAACUCAAUAUAAGGCGGAUCUAAAAGCCUAGCGCUCUCAAUUGUAUUUGCAAAUCGGGAGUACAGGACGAUACGUACAAGAAAACAAAAAUGUCUUGUAUACGAGACGAUCUUGUGUUUUGGGUACAAUUUGGUGGUUACAUUUGUUUUUGACACUUAGAUGUUGGGCCAACAACGGACUAGGCCCGCGAUGGACCGGCAUUGGGCCUAGUCCCUGCACCAGUGCCAAUGCCAAUGCCAAUGCCUAGUCCCUACACCAGUGCCAAUGCCUAGUCCCUACAGGGACAUGAGCCCUGGCUCUAGCCCUCGCCCAACCUUGUCCAAGUCCAGGCAAAAUAUAAUUAAAGAAACAAAGUAAGGAAAAAAGGGCCAACAAGU